GUCUUGCCAGGGUUUGUUGUGCAGUGGCUGUUACGUCUCCCAAUACUACGAGUUUGAGCAGUUGUUUUCGCAGAGGCCUUUUGCAGGGUAUUUUCUCUGGCGUUGUACUCCUAGGAAUUGGAGGAUUUGCCUUUCGGUAGUGGUCGGCUUUCUCCGGGCUGUUAGAUGUCUGGUGGGGCGUGACUCCCUCCGCGUGUCAGCAGUGAUCACAGGUUGUGAGAAACGAUACGAGCUUGGUGUUCCUGACUUCCGUGUCAUCACAAGAAUAGUUCUCUUUAUGUCUAGUCUGUAGUGUGUUGGUGGUAUGGAUUCGUGGGUUAAGAAACAGUAAUACUCUCCGUGUGGAGCUCGAGGACUGGAAUCGAAUGUUUGAGGAUUGGUGUUGAAGGUGCAGGUUAUUUGGCUCUUUGCGCAAGACCUUGCACUCAUGCUUCGCAGUGUUUAAUUGAUUCUCACUUAUCAGCACUGGACCUACUCUCAUGACCGAGGACAUGUACCGAAAGCUUAGAAAUCUGGGUGGCAGUAGCAUCACUCCGGCCACCAUAGCCCAACAGCUAAAGAUCUCCCUUCAAACUUAUUGUCCAUCAUCCUUGCCUACCGACACUGCUCAGCCGAAUGAAUCGACAAUGAACCUCAAACCCACAUCACGAAGCGACUUGCACAAUCCUGAUCCCUUCUGGUUGCUGCCAAACUUCCCCGGUGAUUUUCCUGAUCAGCGGGAUGUGAAUGCAAACCCCGUGGUCACGAGCAACCCACAAACCUCGACGAGCAUGUGGGAGCCAGUUGUAGGGAAUCAGGAGUUUUCCACUCAACCUAUCACUGCACCAGCUUUCAAGCUUUCUCAGGGAGAUUCUCUUACGAAUUCACCUGGGGAGAACGCAAUGGAAUUACCGGCCAACUCCUCAGAUACUGCUGAAAAAAAAUCGGUUGGUGGGAAACGCCAAAAAUCAGUUGCGUCCAAAAACCUGGUGUCUGAGCGGAAGCGGAGGAAGAAACUCAACGAGGGGCUUUUCCAGUUGCGGGCUGUGGUUCCUAAGAUCAGCAAGAUGGACAAAGCCUCUAUUAUUGGCGAUGCAAUUGCCUACGUCCGCGAGCUCCAGAAAGAGCUUGAGGAGAUUGAAUCUGAGAUCGACGAUUUGGAACAGAAGUGCACAGGAUCCAUUGGUGAUGAUCCUGGUUCAGUGGAAGAAGCUGGUACAGGAGAGAAUUUUUCAAGUCCAACCAGUUCAAAUCUGAUUUCUGGAGUAGAGAUUCAGGGGGCUGAGCAUAGAGUUGACAGCAACAUCGAUAAACUCUCGGCUAACACUACCCAAAUGCUGUUUCCAGCUCGAUUGGCUCAGAAAAUCUUGGAAGUGGAUGUGGCAAGGCUAGAGGAACAGACCUAUCAUUUCCGCAUAUUUUGCCCGAGAGGACCUGGCGUGCUUGUGCAACUGGUGCAAGCAGUAGAAUCAUUGGGUGUGCAAGUUAUAAAUUCCCACCAUACGGCCUUCCAGGAAAAUAUACUCAACAGUUUCAUUGCGGAGAUGAAGGAUCCGAAAAUGGAAACCGAAGACGUGAGAAAAACAAUUUUCAGUGCAGCUGCUCAGUAUGGACUUGUGCAAAGCUGAUCAUCUUGUAGGCGACGAAGCGCUCCGACAAGCAGUGAUGAGAUUAAGUCGCUGAAUAACGGGACCAUCUUCGGGGUUCAUACAAGCAGCGCAAGGAGAGUCGGCUGUGUAAAUAUAGUCAUCUUAGAUGAGGAUUCGCGGUAGUUUGUUUGAGAAGAUUCAAUGCAAGGUGAGAGGCACAAUUUUGUAUUGUCCUCAUUCGGAGGAUCUACAGCAGGAAGAAGAGGGGCUUGACCAAGAUGCUCAGAUCAAGUUGCUUGCUCCAUUCGCUGUAACAAAGGCUCUUGAAGAUCGCUCUGAUGAGUGUCCAUUUCCUUCGUCUUUUUC